AUGACACGUCUUCAAAACAGACUAGAGGAGACCAGAGGAGACCAGAGAAGACCAGAGGAGAUUAGAGGAGACCAAAGGACCCCAGAGGUGCCUAGAGGAGAUCAGAGGAGACCAGAGGAGACCAGAGAAGACCAGAGGAUGAUACCAGAGAGGAGACCAAAGGAGAUCAAAGGAGACCAAAGGAGACCAGAGGGGACCAGAGGAUACCAGAGGAGACUAGAGGAGCCCAGAGAAGGCCAGAGAAGACCUGGGGAGACCAGAGGAGAUCAGAGGAGACCAGAGGAGACCAGAGAAGACCAGAGGAGACCAGAGAAGACCAGAAGAGACCAGAGGAGACAAGAGGAGACCAGAGGAGACCAGAGAAGACCAGAGGACACUAGAGGAGCCCAGAGAAGAGGAGACCAGAGGAGACCAGAGAAGACCAGAAGAGACCAGAGAAGACCGGAGGAGACCAGAGGAGACCAGGGAAGACAAGAGAAGACCAGAAGAGACCAUGAGAAGACCAGAAAAUACCAGAGAAGACCAGAGGAGACCAGAGGAGACCAGAGAAGACCAGAAGAGACCAGAGAAGACCUGAGGAGACCAGAGGAGACCAGGGAAGACAAGAGAAGACCAGAGAAGACCAGAAGAGACCAGAGGAGACAAGAAAAGACCAGAGAAGACCAGAAGAGACCAGAGAAGACCAGAAAAUACCAGAGAAGACCAGAAGAGACCAGAGGAACCAGAAUAGACCAGAGAAGACCUGAGGAGACCAGAGGAGACCAGGGAAGACAAGAGAAGACCAGAAAAGACCAGAAGAGACCAGAGAAGACCAGAAAAUACCAGAGAAGACCAGAAGAGACCAGAGGAGACAAGAAAAGACCAGAGAAGACCAGAAGAGACCAGAGGAGACCAGAAGCGUCCAGAGGUGACCAGAGAAGACCAGAAAAUACCAAAGAAGACCUGAGGAACCAGUUUACGUGCUAA